AUGCACCGCGGAAGUGCAGAGUAUAUUUUGGCCAUGUCGCAUAUGACCCGCCAAAAGUAGAGCCAUCUCCUACUUUCCCAGAAAGAAAUUUGGAGUCUGAAGACCUUGAUACUAUUAAUGAAAAUUGAAACCCUAAUUAUCUUUAAUCGGAAAUGGAGGAAGGAGAGAGAUUGAUUCCAAUAAACAGAAUUUGAAUUUGAAUGGCGUCUGCUCCGCGGCACCAAGAAAAUAAGGUACCUCCUGAUACUAUUAAUCUUAACGUUGUGAAUAAUAUUCCUAUUAUCGUAUUAGGUUUAAGUGCAUCCUCUAAUUAUAAAAUUAGAGGUGAUAGAAUUAUCGAGGGAAGGAGAGAAUUAUUGAGGAAAAAUGAUGAAAAUGGAAUUGUUGAGCGAAAUGCCAAGGUUGUUGUGUUAGAGGGUGAAGAAAAGAGAGUCGUUUCCCCUUAUUUUGUUAGACUACAGAAUAAUGAGUUUGUUGUUGGGUCUGAGAAGAAUAGGGAAAGGGAGUUGCUUGUUAGUUUAAUGAAUGAGAAUGGGAAAAGAGUCGUUUCUCCAUAUUUUGUGAAAAAGGAAAUAAAGAAAAGGAAGAGAAAACCAGACAUUCGGGAAGAUGUUAAAGGGGGAAAUGAGGACAUGAAUUCAGUAAGAGGACAUGAUAGUCCUUUUAUGAUGGCAACAGACAGGGAAAAUAAUCAAGUCCUCGAGGAGAACACAAAGGGAAGUAUGAAGAAUGAUAGCAAGGAAGAGAAUAAAAGGAAAAGGAAGAAAAAUAUUCUAAAUGAUAAGGAUGGCAAUAUCACGUUACCGAAAGUAAGGAAGCAAAGAAAUAGCAACAAGAAAACUUCUGUGAUUGAAGAGGAAUUGGAAACAGGAGACAAAGUUAAAAAGCUGAGGAAUAAUGCUGACCAAUGUUGCAUGGAGAAGAAUAAUGCUGUGCUUUCUGCUGCUCUCAUUACUAAAGAGGCAGAACAAGAGAAUAUUAUGGUUAUGUUAGAGUCUGUUAAGGUUGAUGAAGAGGAACCCUUGCACCAUUUGAAGGUUGACAAUUGUCUGGAUGAACCGACUUUAUGUGGUGAUCAAGGCGGGUAUGACUUGAUGAUUGGCAACAUUUCCGAAAAACCAAAAAACAAGAAGAAAAAGAAAACUGCAUCUUUAAAAUGUGACUCAGCAGCUGGCCAGGAGAAUGAACUUGAUCCCUUGUCACUGAGGUCUAUACAUGCUAACCAAAACUGUUCAAAAGCUUUGGCAUCCAAGGUUAUCUCUCCAUAUUUUAGAAAGGUGUCAAAGGAAAAUGAGUUUGAUGGUGAAAGAGACGAGGCUGACUGUAGAAAUAAGAAAAAGAGAAGGGUUGACAAGACUAUGUACGUUGAAUUUGAAGAGGUACUUUCCAAAUAUGCUUACCAAGGGGACAGCUACUUGAAUAGGGAAGAGGAAGUAGGGGGUAAGAAAGAAGACAGUAGUGCUGGAAAAGGUAAGAAGAAACGUAAACAGCAAUGUGGAAGUAGGACUCUUAGUGCUGCUGAGAAGCGAGCUGAUGCUUACCAAAGAAAAGCACCAAACUGUACCUGGAGGCCACCCUGCUCUCCUUACAAUCUUCUGCAAGAGCAGCAUGCCCAUGACCCUUGGAGAGUGUUAGUGAUUUGUAUGCUUUUAAAUAUCACUACUGGACCCCAGGUCAGGAAAGUUUUGUCGCACUUUUUUGAUGUGUGCCCCAAUGCUGAAGCUACUAUUGGCACUGAUGUCACUAGAAUCGCAAGUAUGAUACAAAGUUUAGGGUUGCAUAGAAAGAGAGCAGCAAUGAUUCAGCAAUUAUCUAGGGAGUAUAUAUCUGAUGAUUGGACACACGUAACUCAGCUGCAUGGGAUUGGAAAGUAUGCUGCCGAUGCAUAUGCAAUUUUUUGUACUGGCAAGUGGCACCAGGUAACCCCAAAUGACCAUAUGCUAAAUCAUUAUUGGAAAUUUCUUCAAAAGCGCGGCCUCAAGGAAGUUGCUUUCUUUAGUAGCAAGGAAGAGACUGUAUUGGAGAUUUGCUCACGUGAUCACCUAGUGAAUGUGUCAACUCCUACAGGUCAUAUUUGGAAGGCCAAGACAGGUAGUCUAUAUUCAUCCAGUUUCUCAUGACUUGAUUAAGACUUCUAGAACUCUCUCAUCACAAGCUCCACAUACCAAACCUCAGCUCAGAAGUUUCCUUGCUAUGAGUCUAUAAGCCCAAUCCUCAUAUCACAAGGAAAAAAUUGCUGCUUUAACACCUCAAGGGUGGAUUUAUACCUUGAAUACAAGCCCCAUCCCUCAUCAGCCAAAAACAUAAACCAUCUUUUUUCAAAUUUCCAAAUACUAGUGUGGUGGUUUGUGAAUACCAGACCCCCUGCUGCAUGCUGCUCUACUGCUCUCGCUGCUGCUAAUCUGCUCUACACUACUGUUUACAAUAUUAAACUUGUAAUUUUUUUUUCUUUUUUGACUUAAAAAUUGUCAUAUUACAGCUUUGUGUUGA